GUGCUUUCAUUCCUGUACCUUCACUUCGAUUGUAACUUCGCGCGAAUUCGGUUAUAUUCUGUAACCAAGCUUGUAUCCUGGCACGAUCUCGGUAUCCUUUCGAUACCACGAGAUCGCCAGCAAAUAAACAUCGACUUGGUCCAUUAAUUGCCUUCUGAUAUUUGGUUUCUCGGGGGAUUUUAUGGAGUCAUUAGAAACGAGCUUCUUGGUAACGGUGUUCAUAGUCAAUCUCGACUCGACGCCACGCUACAGUUUCAUCUGUCAUUUUAAUUAUUUGGCGUUUAAACAUGCCUAUUAGGUAUAGAUAGUGAGUGGGAAGAUAACGGUUAUUCAUAUUAGUUUUCCAAGUUAACAGUCUUUGAUUUAAAAAGCAGACUAAGAGUUUAGAAAACCUUGCUCCAUGGACACAUGAAUUUGUGAACCAAAUGGAACUCUUAUCAAUAAACGCUUCGGUGCCAGAUUAUUUCUUCUAUUAAAAUCAGAAAAUAUUAACUAUUCAGAAAUGUGAUGAAAGAUUAUUAGUUCAAUAUUAAGAUCAAGCUAAACAUUCGAUUGACAGUCUAUUUUUCUUAUAUGAUAUAAUGGACAGUACAUCUACUUUAUCAGCUUCAUUAACUUUCAAAUAUUUUUUUUAAUUUUUCUCAUAUACCCUACAAUUGGAUUAUAAUAAAAAAAAUAUAUAGCUGCAGUAAUCGACUAUGUAUUGCUCCACUGAAAUUUAUUAUGCACACAUUUUCAGAUUGUGCAUGUGUAUGUCAACCGAAUGAUAAACGAUGUUUUGAAUUGUUGGAAGGGAAACGUCAAUUCACAGCUGAAGAAAUCCCAUUACCACUGAAUGGUUCUUACAUCUUACCACCUUGUCGUUAUGGUGUAAUGGAUGAUUUACACUUAUAUCAUAGACAUUGCCCCGGACCAACUAGAAAUACGCUUCCAAUUAAAUAAUUUGAUAACAUAAAAUGAAACUAAGGGGAAACUUAGUUCUCUCACCUACCACUAGCCAGGUGUCAAAUAGUUUAACAAUUAUAUAUGGUUUUUAGUAAGUAAACCACGGAAAUGGAGUAUAACUAGGCAAAAUCGAGCAAUCUAUCAUAUUUUUUUUCAGUUGUCUUCUGUAUUUUCAUUGAUCUUACAGUUACCACUCUGAUUUAUACAUGCAUACAUACAUACAAAUUAGACAUCAAUACAAACAUACGAUAUCCGUCAUUGUCUCUAUUGUAAAUCGAAAACUUUGCUUAACCAUGAA